GAGAGCUUCUUAAAGUAAAAGUACAGAUUGCAGAAUGGUGGUGGAUUGCUUAUCUAUACAAGGCUCAGCAGCUAUAAUACGGAAGCAGGAGCGAAGAUUAGGUGGGUUAGUAGGUGCAAAGAUGCAACCUAACAAUGUUGGUAGUUGUGGUGGCAUGACACCCAAAGAACUUUCUGACAAUGAUGACCUAGCUACUUCUCUCGUGUUAGAUCCUUACCUGGGAUUUACCACCCAUAAAAUGAAUAUCAGGUAUAGGCCAUUAAAAGCAAAUAAAGAUGAACUCCGUAAGAUUAUUUGUGAAUUUAUCCAAACACAAAAUUAUGAAAAAACAUAUAAAAAAUUAAUGGGUGGUGAUUGGGGUGCACGACUUCCUCAUACAAAAUCUAAACAACAACAGAUAAAUUUGGAAAAACAUAUUUACAGAUACUUAAAAGUUUUUGACAAAGAUUCUGGGUUUGCAAUAGAGCCAUGCUAUAGAUAUAGUCUUGAAGGUCAAAAAGGUGCCAAAAUUUGUGCAACUAGAAAAUGGUUAAAACAUGAUAAAAUAUCUUGCCUUGUUGGAUGUAUUGCAGAACUUAGUGAAAAGGAAGAAGCAGCACUAUUACAUCCUGGAAAAAAUGACUUUUCUGUUAUGUUUAGUUGUCGAAAAAAUUGUGCACAGUUAUGGUUAGGUCCAGCAGCAUAUAUUAAUCAUGAUUGUAGGGCUAACUGCAAGUUUGUGGCAACAGGAAGGGAUACAGCUUGUGUUAAGGUUCUUCGGGACAUUGAGGUGGGAGAAGAAAUUACAUGCUUCUAUGGAGAAGAUUUUUUUGGGGAUGGUAAUUGUUAUUGUGAAUGUGAAACUUGUGAAAGGAGGGGAACUGGAGCAUUUGCAAAUCAAAAACCAGGCGAAGAACUUUCCUCUGGGUACCGUCUACGAGAAACAGACAAUCGCAUUAAUCGUACGAAACAUAGACAACAGCCAUUAGGUCGCAAUAAACAACAAGCUGAUACUGCGCUUACAGAAAGAAAUGCAGUACUUGUUGGUAACGCUGCAAUAGCACCACAAAGUCUUAGCAUGAAAGAAUUACGAAGAAAGGGAUUAACAAAAUAUGACGCGGAGUUAUUAAUUGCACAAGGAUGUCGCUUUUCUGAUAUUGCUCAACAGCAGCCUAUUAUAAACAAUGGAGAAAACGUAUUGCAAACUCGUCCGCACCCCUCUGCUAUUACAAGUUCCGUGACAAGAAAUUUACGAAAUAAACAACUAUGUAAAUUUGAUAGUAAUAAUAGUUAUCAGAAUAAUGUUAAAAACAGUCAUACGCUUCGGUCAUCUAGGCUUCAUAAAAAAACAGAAUCAAAGAAGAACAAAGUUUCUGAAAAAAGUAGAUCUCCUUGUUUAAAUGGUUCUAUAAUAAAAAAUAUCGAAAUAGAAGAUAUAAGUCACCGUAAAGAGGAUUCUGAUAGAGUAGAUACGACUGAAGAAAUUAUAUAUUCUAGAUUACAUAAGAUUCAUUCGGAAAGUACCUUGAAUGAAGAAAUUAACGAUAUUUGCCAUGUUCAGACCUCACAUCAUGAUUUACUGGAGCAGUCAACUUGUUCCGAUCUUCAGAGGAAGUGUUCAGAUACAUUUGUCAAAGAUAAGAGAGAAUUAAAUAGCAAAUUGAUGAAUGAAAAGGAAAUACCUGAUAUUAUUAUAGAAAUUAAUUCUAAUUCAGUAGGUAAUAUUAAUACUUCCAAUUCUAAAAAAAAACACUAUAGUACAAAUUCCUGUGAUUCAGUUCAUAUAAGUUCCAUGCCUGAAAAUCGAUUAGAUGAUUUACAUGAAGUUAAUGAGGAAGAAAUAAUUUCACAAGAAAAUCAUCAAUCAAGGACUUGUCAUUAUAAUUUGUCUUCAAUUGAGAAUUCCAAGGAUGUAAACAAUAUUACUGCAACGCCAAUAAACUCAAAUAUUUGUGUCAAAAAAUGCUUAGAACUUGGAAAGCAAGAUUCAAUAGAAGAAAACGAAGCAACUUAUGAACCUGUACAGACGGAUUAUUCUUGCAACAUUCAAGAACAAAUGUCCUUAGUUCAUAUAAAGUCACCCAAAGACUCGAAUUGUAUAGAAACGGACACAACAAUUUCUACACUUGAUACACAUGAAUCUGACACAAACUUUAAAAAUAGUGAUCCCCCGGGCUCAACUACAUUGAUUAAAUAUUUGAUAGAGAAUGAAGCAGACAAAUUUGAUAGGUUUGUUUCAGACGCUAAAAAUUCUUUAAGUAACGAUGAACCUAGUAAAAUAAAUUACGUUAAUGAAAAUACAAAUAUGGAAAAUUGCGAAAUAAGUUGUGAAAAUGAUUCAAUCAUAAAAAAUAAUGUAUAUGUGGUAAACGUUGAACCAUCUGAAUUGAAAUCUGAAAAAAGUGAAAUUAUUGAAACAUGUUCAACAGAUCCGGAUUCUCAUGCAGAUUCCUGUAAAGAAAAUAACAAAAAUUUCAUUACAACGGAAAUUGAUAGUUACAGUGAGCUUGCUAUGCAUAAUUUGGAAGAUACUCAUAAUUCGAUGUUAAAACAACCUAUGCAAAAAAAUGAAAGAUUGCAUGCUACAUUGAGAUCCCAUAAAAGUAGAAAAAAGCUUUUAAGUGAAAAGAAAUCUGCAAGUUCUGAACUAAGGAAAGAACUAGAAGCUGUUAUAGAGCACGAAACGACUGACGGUAUAAUUGCGUCUAUUUCGAAAAGUCGUAACAAAGUUGAAAAAGCAAAAAGCAGAUUAACAAGAAGUCAGAAAAAGGAUCGAAAGAAAAUAGCAACUACCGAAAUUGGCGUAGCCGAUGACGAUUCGGGUAUUCAAGGUGAUAUUUAUGAAUUCAGUGAAAAAGAAAGUAAUCUAGAAGAUAUUAGAAUACCAUCGAUAAUGCGACGUAAACAAGAAACUCGUCAUGCAUCCGAACUUACAUCGCAUUUACAAGAAAUGCAAUACAAUGAUGAAUGCAAUAAAGCUGAGCCUCCAGUAUUAGUUCCACAAGAACCAUGGCCACCUGCUAGUUGUAACCAAAAUCAAUUGUUAGAUUCAGAUGGUAAUAGUCAGUCAAGAGAAAACUCUGUGGAUAGUGAAAGUUUGAAGAGAUUAUCAGCUUGUAGUAAUGAUAGUGCACAAAAAUUGACAGCUUCUUCAGAGUAUCAGUGGCAAAUGAGUAGUUCUAAUUGUCAAGUGUGCCCAACCACUCCAGAGAGAACUGGCAGAUUAAAACUAACUCUUCGCAUGAAACGUUCACCAGUUUUAGAAGAUAUUGUGGAAUCGGGUACGAGUCUAAGUGAAGACAGUUACGAACCAGAAUAUGAAGUAUUACGUGUAGAGGGUGUGGAAAGAAGUAGGCGUAAAAAAAAACAUAAAACCCGAGAUCGUGAAAGACGACACAAGAAACGUGAAUUAAAUCUCGAUCCACCUCCGCCACCUAUGAAAAGGUUGCGUUUGAUUUUUGGCAAUGAAACGCAUACUAUUGAUUUUCCACACUCUUAACAACUAUAAAUAGUGAUUUCCAUUACCAUC